AUGCCCUCUGAUAUCCGCAAACAUGUCGGCUCAGCGUCUUUCAGCUCUUCAUUCAUUAACCUAGCCAAUACCAUCAUCGGCGCAGGUGUCUUGGCGAUGCCCCAUGCGAUGGCGACACUUGGCAUCUUUGGCGGCAUUCUGGUCAUCACCUUUGCGGGCAUGACGUCUGGCUUUGGUCUGUACUUGCUGACACGAUGCGCAAAGUAUGUGGAGGAUGGUAGAGCGAGUUUCUUCCAACUAUCAAGGCGGACCUACCCAUCUGCUGCCAUCUUUUUUGAUCUUGCCAUUGCUCUCAAGACCUUUGGCGUGGCCGUCAGCUAUCUCAUCAUUAUCAGCAAUUUGAUGCCGCAAAUCAUACAUGCUGCAGUGCCGAGCGCUAAAGACAGCGACUUUCUCAUGGACAGGCGGUUCUGGCUCACUGUUUUCAUGAUCAUCAUUGUACCGCUCUCCUUUUUGCGCAGGCUUGACUCUCUCAAAUAUACUUCUGUUGUCUCUCUGUUUGCAAUUGGCUACCUGGUACUUCUCGUUGUUGGACACUGGAUCACUGGCGACACGCUGCCCGACCGGGGCCUCGUUAAGCUCUUUGAGUGGAAGGGCUUUGUCAAGUUUCUCAAUGCGCUGCCAGUCUUUGUUUUCGCCUUUACAUGCCAUCAGAACAUCUUGAGUAUCGUCAAUGAGAUUGAAGACACAUCCCAGAGGCAAAUCAACGGUGUUGUUGCCACUUCCAUUGGCGGAUCUUGGGCAGUAUACCUGCUUGUUGCCAUCACUGGCUACCUCUCGUAUGGCGACAAGGUCAAUGGUAACAUUGUCAGCAUGUACCCAAACUCCAUCUCUGCAAACAUUGGCAGAACAGCGAUUGUGGUGCUUAUCCUAUUCAGCUACCCGCUACAAGCUCAUCCGUGUCGUGCAAGUCUCGACAAGAUUAUUGUGAGUGCUGGACGAGCGAUGCACUUGCUGAAUGAGAAACUACCCGUCUCACGGACCAUCUCGCGUCAUUCGAGUUCUGUCAAUCUGCGUGGUAUGCGACAGGAGCCUGAAGCACAAGAAGAGCAUAUUAGUGACUUGAGAUGGACGUUACUCACCACAUUCAUUUUAAUCGCCACGUACAUGGUUGCUUUUGCCGUGUCUAGUCUGGAGGUGGUCUUAUCGUAUGUCGGCGCGACUGGUUCCACUGCCAUCAGCUUCAUCCUACCAGGACUUUUCUACUGGCGCAUCACAGGCGAUUCAGAGGACUAUCUCAAUGUUGCAUCGGAUGAGCAAGCGGAAAGAGACACAGAGGGUGAUGGCGAGAGUGCGGUGUGGUCACAGAGCGAGAAGCAGCGGCGGUAUACACGGUAUGGUGCAGCGGCACUGGGUAUCUACGGUGUUGUCUUCAUGGUUGUCUGCCUCACGUUGAACAUUGUGGGAAGUGCUCGACACAGCGGUCAUUGA